UUAAUAUUAUUCUCAUCGCGCGUUUGCCUUCAUAUUCUUGAAUCUCCUUAUGUCUUUUCUCUAACAUCCAACUAUGAACAAAGCCAUGAUUCUGAACCCGACCCGGCCCGUUUGGCCCGGUUUCUCUUCUUCCAAGUCCCUAUGCGGCGAUGCCAACUGCAUGGAGCAGCUUCUCCUCCACUGCGCAAACGCCAUCGAAUCAAACGACGCCACGUUAACUCAACAGACCAUUUGGGUCAUCAACAACCUCGCUUCCUCAGACGGUGACUCCACACAGAGACUCGCCUCCUCUUUACUCCGUGCGUUAAUCUCACGCGCCGCCACCAAAUCACCCGCAUUCUCUUUCCUAUCCGUUGCUUCCGCAUCCCAUGAAACGCUUCACCGCUUCUCCGUCAUUGAGCUUGCGGCGUUCGUUGACCUCACGCCGUGGCACCGUUUCGGCUUCAUCGCCGCCAACGCAGCAAUCCUCGACGCCGUCAAAGGUUACUCCUCCGUCCACAUCGUUGACUUAAGUUUGACUCAUUGCAUGCAAAUCCCUACUCUUAUAGACUCCAUGGCAACCAAACUCAUCAACAAAGAACAACCUCCUCCGCUUCUCAAACUCACCGUUGUCCUCUCCGAAUCUCCUCCGCCUCCAUUGCUUGGAAUCUCCUACGAAGAAUUAGGGUUGAAGCUAGUGAGCUUUGCAGCCACACGUAACGUAGCAAUGGAGUUUAGAAUCAUAUAUUCUUCUUACUCCGAUGGUCUGUCCUCUCUUAUCGAACAACUGAGAUUAGACCCUUUGGUCUGCAAUGAAGCUCUCGUCGUUAACUGCCACAUGAUGCUCCAUUAUAUCCCAAACGAUACCCUAAGUUAUUCAAGUCCUUCACGGUCAUUAUUCUUGAAAGAGCUCAGAGAUCUAAACCCAACUAUGGUAACCUUAAUUGAAGAGGACGCAGAUUUCACCUCGAGUAACUUCAUCGCCAGGUUAAGGUCACUCUUCAACUACAUGUGGAUCCCUUACGACACAGCCGACACGUUUUUAACAUGUGGGAGCGAGCAAAGGCAGUGGUACGAGGCGGAUAUAGGUUGGAAGAUAGAUAACGUGGUGGCCAAGGAAGGUGCUGAAAGAGUUGAGAGAUUGGAGCCAAAGAGCCGGUGGUUCGAGAGAAUGAGAGAAGCUGAUUUCACCGGAGUUGGGUUCGGCGAGGCGGUAGCGAGAGAGGUUCAAACGAUGCUAGAGGAACACGCCGCCGGGUGGGGAAUGAAGAGAGAUGUUGAUGAUAGUGAUGACGUGGAACGCUUUGUACUGACGUGGAAGGGACAUAGUGUUGUGUUUGCCUCAGCUUGGGUGCCAAUGAAUAGGGUUGAUGGAUGUUCUCACGUAGAAGCUUAAAAUUGGAUAAGAUAUGAUGUUAAUCUUAUCCACAAUCAAGGAUUAAUGCUAAUUAGUACUUAAAUUAGAAGGCGAUGUGAGAAACAACAGAAAAGUGUAGGGGAUUCUUAAGUUUCUAACCGACCCGACCGGUUAUGUAUGAAUGAGCUGACUUUCAAAC